CUUUAGUUGAGAUAAAAUAUUGUCAAAAUGCAUUAACGGAAUGACAUAAUACCACGGCAGUAGAUUUUGUGAUUUUUGUGCUGCUUUGAUGGGAAAGCUUAGCGAAAACUAUAUUUCGAAUUCGUCUUUUUCACAUUUCCUAUCAUAGUAUACCUAAAUAUGAAUGUAUUUUGGUAAAAAAUAAAUAGGAACAUGGAUGACCCUGAAAUUAUAAGGUGUGUGGCCAUUGGCGACGGAUAUGUCGGAAAAACUAGCCUUUUAUCUAGGCUGAGCGGCAAAAAAAUAAGUGAAAAUUAUGCAUCGACCAUAUUCGAAAAUUCAAUGGUAUCAGUAAUUCAUAACAACAAGAAAUAUGAUUUGUUUCUCAUUGAUACUGCUGGCCAAGAAGAAUAUAAUAUUCUCAGAACACAGGCAUAUAGUUAUGGGGACAUAUUCUUACUUUGCUAUUCUGUAGACAAUAUGGACUCUUUUAUAAAUAUACGAGAAAUGUGGUUACCUGAAGUGAAAACUUGUAAAGACAAUGCUAAAUUCUUGUUAAUAGGUUUGAAGAAUGAUUUAAGAACUGAUGUUGAAACAAUAGACAGGCUAAAUAUAUCGAAAAAAAUUUUUGUCAGUCGAGAGGAUGCGGAAAAUAUGGCAAAAAAGUUGGGAAUAAUGCAUAUUGAAUGUUCAUCAAAAACGCAGGAUAAUUUCAAUCAAAUGAUAAAUGACAUAAUCGAGUUGGGACGAAUGAUCGAACUGGAACACAAGAGUUGCAGUAUGACAAAUUGGUUCAGAAAUAUGUUUCCUUGCUUUGCGCUGUAAAAAAAGAACUAAAACUUUUUUUUUUGAUCUCAUAGUUUUUUUUUGUUAUUUCAUAUUGUAAUGGAAACUGAUUAUAGUAUAUAAUUUUUAUUAUUUUUUAAUCCAAGUAUAUAUUAUCGAAAGUUGA